AAAUCCUCUCUUCUGUUUCGUCUUCAACAAAAUCACUGUUCUUCGUGGAGUAUCGAAUCAUCAUCAUCAUCAUCUCAAACUGCAUAUCGACAAAGUAAAGAACUAAUGGCGACUAACCCUUCAAUUUCUACAUCAACCUCCAUUGAUCGUCUUGUUAUGCCUGGAGAUAUUGUUUUAGACCUUACCAACAUGACUAAUCAAAUUGUUAAACUUGGAGGUGGUUUACGUCAGGAAUUUGAUGUAAUUUCUGUCACCAAAGCUGGGAAGUUGAGAUUUAAGAAACCGAACAAGUACUGGGUUGAAAGUUCCCAUAAGAGGUAUGUUCCAUCUGAGGGGGAUAAUGUUCUUGGAACUGUAUUAGACACCAGAGCUGAUAACUUUAUCGUGGACAUAAAAGGACCUGUUAUGGCGUUUCUUCCUGUUCUUGCAUUCGAGGGAGGGACCCGUAGAAACAUUCCGAAAUUUGAGGCUGGGACUUUGAUAUAUGCUCGAGUUGUGAAAGCAAACAGCGGUAUGAACCCUGAGUUGUCAUGCACUGAUGCUUUGGGUAAAGCAGCAGGAUAUGGACAAUUGAAGGAUGGUUACACAUUCCAUUCAUCAACUGGCCAUGCAAGAAUGUUGCUGAGUUCUCCUACUUGUCCGGUUCUUGAAGCACUUGGCAAAAAGCUAUCAUUUGAGAUAGCAAUUGGCUUAAAUGGUCGUGUUUGGGUAAAUGCUGAAGCACCAGCUUCAAUCAUACUCGUGUCGAAUGCAAUCAUGAAUUGUGAAUCUUUAAGUGAAGUGCAACAGAAAAUUAUGGUUGAGAAAUUGCUUCAAAGAGUUCAGUGAUAAAGUAAGUAAUGAAUAUAUUUACUCACAUAU